UCACAGAUGCCUCAGUUACUGCGAAACAUUAAUGGGAUUAUUGAAGCCUUCGGGCGCUAUGCCAGGACAGAGGGCAACUGCAUGGUGCUUACCCGUGGGGAGCUGAAGAGGCUUUUGGAGCAUGAGUUUGCCGAUGUCAUAGUGAAACCCCAUGAUCCAGCCACUGUGGAUGAAGUCCUAUGCCUGCUGGAUGAAGAUAACACGGGGACUGUCGAAUUCAAGGAAUUCCUGGUCCUGGUGUUUAAAGUUGCCCAGGCCUGUUUUAAGACACAGAGUGAGAGUCCUGAGGGCGCUUGCAGAUCUCAACAAUCUGGAAGCUGCCAUCCUGGGUCCUCAAAAGAGCUGGAGAAAGAUCAGAACAGUAGGACCACAGUAGGAAUAGAUGGGAAAGGGCAGCAUAAUGAGGGGAGCAGCUGUGGACAAAGUGAGCAGACUUCCAGAGGACAGGGCAGGACUCAGACCCAGGGUCAGGAUAGUAGUUCUUUACAAGUCAGCACCUAUGACAGGCAGGCUGAGUCCCAGAGACAGGAGAGGGUGAACCAGCAGGCACAAGUAAUGGGGCAUGUGGAGCAGACUUCAAGAAUAGAAGACAAUAAUCAUCAAACCAGAGGGAGGAGUUUAGAGAGGCAAUCACAAACCAGAGAACAGACAGGUGAGACCAUGACUGGCACUGCGACUCAAACCCAGACAGGGUCAUACUCCCAGACCAUGGAGCAUGACAGUAGCCAUCAGACAGGAGGCACUGACAUUCAGACACAGCAGUUCACCUAUGGCUCAACCAGAGGGACUGAGAUCCAUGGUCAAGACAGGAGUCAGACCAGCCAGGCUGUGACAGGAGGGCACAUCCAGAUCCACACAGGGUCACAUACUCAGGCACAUACCCAGACCAUAGAGCAGGACAGGAGCCAUCAGACAGGAAGUACUGGAAUCCAGACACAGGAGUAUACCUGUGGCCAGACCAGAGGGACUGAGAUUCAUGGUCAAGACAGGUAUCAGACCAGCCAGGCUGUGACAGGAGGGCACAUCCAGACACAGGCAGGGUCAUAUACUCAGACCAUGGAACGGGACAGAAGCCAGACUGCAAGCUGUGCAGGAGCUGGAGAACAGGGACAGACCCAGAUACAGUCAGGUAGCAGUCAAAGAGGGACAGACGUGAGCAGUUAUGAGGCAGGAGAGCCAGUACUAGGAGGACAGGUCCAGAUUGGGGCAAGUACUGUGACAGGAAGACAGGACUGGAGUAGCACUCAUCCAAGUGUGACAGGAAGUCAGGGAGAGAGAGAGUCCACAGGGUUUAGAGAGGAGUGGGUCAAUGACCACACAAGGGAGAUAGUAAUCCGAAUUGAGGACCAGGGUAGCCUGCACUCAGGGGCUCUUCAGCACAGAGUCAGAGUGCAGCCAAGCCAGAAGUAA